GGGAUAUUGUCUUGUGGCUAUAUUUAGCCGCGUAGGGAGUUUCCUAUAAAUACGGCGCGUGUUAGUUUCGGGCCGCAGUUCCGUGUGCUGCGCCGUUAUUAAUCGCUUCUCGCGGCUGACAGCAUGAAUCCGCGGUUCGAAGUGCGUCAAUGUGAGAAACUUGGCAGAUACGCGGUGGCGGCGAUGGACCUGCGCGCCGGCGACACGGUUCUCUCCGAGGAGCCGUUCCUGCUGGCGCCACACAGCGACUCGCCGCUCGUCUGCUUCGCCUGCCACCUGCCGCUGGUCAGCCGCUUCGUGCCGUGCAGGGGCUGCGGCGUGGCGCCGGUCUGCCCUGACUGCCCUCAACAUCUCGCUAAAUUUCACAGCAAGACCGAAUGCGAGCUAUUCAAAUUGCAGCGAGAGUCCCGCGGUCUCAGCGCAAUGGCCGUAGUCCCUUACGUUGGGGCCUUGGCAGUACUAAGGGCUCUACUACGUCGGCGCGACUACCCUCCGGCUUGGGAGGAGUUUGCAAGACUGGAGACGCAUAUGGACCAGCGUCGUGGGACCGACGUUUAUAACUACAAUCAGCAUACUGUCAAGUUCAUCGAAUCCCUCGGGCUGCUGGCAGCCGACGACGACCCGGAGCUCGCGCAGCAAGUCUGCGCCGCCAUCGACAUCAACAGCUUCGACGUGCGCGGCCCGCCCGCGCCGCUCGGCUGCGAGCCACUGCGGGGAGUCUAUCUGAAAACAGCUCUGUUGGCGCAUGACUGCGUGGGGAAUACGCAUAUGUCUAUAAAUGAUAAUAAUUUGUUGGUGUGCCAUGUGAGCGUCGAUAUCAAGAAGGGGGAGCCGAUAUUUUACAACUACACGGAUCCUAUGAAGGGCACAGCUUUGCGCCAAGAGCACUUACUAAACGGGAAAUACUUCAAAUGCUCGUGCGCGCGCUGCGGCGACGCCACCGAGCUCGGCACCUUCAUGAGCUCGGUCAUCUGUCCCGAGUGUCGCGGAUACGUGUCCAGUUCAGGGGACGCUUGGAGUUGUAACGGGUGUGACAAGAAAUUUGAAGCUUCGGUCAUGGCGCACAAGGUUCAAUGUUGCUCGGAUAAACUAGAUGUUAUUAACAAAAAGGACGAGAAAGACUUAGAAGAAUACAUCAAGAACGUUUCCCUAGUCCUGGCCCCGAACCACUACCUCCUCCUGGACGCGAAGCAGAGGCUAGCCGGAGUGCUGCGUGACGUCAUCACGCGCGAACCGAGACCCACCAAACGGUUACUAAGGAGGCAGUUGCAUUUGUGCAGGGAGAUAUUAGCUGUGCUGGAAGUGCUUACUCCGGGGAUCAGCAGGGCCAAAGCCAUCGCCCUAUACGAGAUUCACGCCGCGAUGGUGCAACUGGCUAAAAAGGAGUUAGACUCUCGAGAAAUAACGGGAUCCGCAUAUUUGGAUGAACUAGUCAGCGCGGAAAAAUACUUAAAGAGAUCACUUCAAAUGCUUUUCAUAGAGCCAGGCAACUCGCCCGAGGGCGAGCUGUGCGCGAAGGCGUUAGAAGAAUACAGGGCUCUGAAGACUACCAUGGGCACCGUGCUGGACGGCAUCCAUGCUGAUGGCAAGACUUACGUCUCGGCGGCUCAGAACGGACAAGCGACACAGACAUGUCCGACUGUUCAGUAG